UACUAAUGUUCAACUGGCCUUAAUAAAAUAGCAAAAUUACCAACACUGAUAUGAAAACAGAAUAAAAAAUUCUAUCAACAAAAAAAAAAACAAGUGCAAACCGGCAAAAAAAAUUUAAUAUUUUUAUAAUUAUUCAUAAAAAGUGUAGACAGCCCCUACAAUAUGAUUACAGAUGUCCAAUUAGCCAUAUUUUCCAACGUUUUGGGAGUAUUCUUAUUUCUGCUAGUGGUUUUAUAUCACUACAUUAAUGCCAAUUCCAGCAGCAAGAUUAGCUCAAAGAAUAAGUAAAAAGUUGUAGAUUUUAAUUUUGUAUGUUUAUUCAAUAAAUAUUUAAAAAAAUGUAAUAACAAAA